AAACAAAACAUCAUGUGCAAUUAGACAUUCAUGAAAAUCUUCUUACUGUGUAUUAAAUGAAUGUAGAUAAAAUGUUUUGUAUUUCCUGUUUACAGAGAGACCAGGGGCAGUACUGAGUGUAUCUCCACAGAGCUGGCUGACUGAUGGAGACUCAGUGACUCUAAACUGUGAGAUUACAGACUCCUCUACAGACUGGACAUUCAGCUGGUACACAGCUGUUCCCUACAGAGACGGCUUAACUCAAAUAAAACAUAAUCAUGGCUAUAUCAUGUAUGUGGAGCUCCUCUCAGACAGCAGCAGAGGAUCUGGAGGCAACUACACUCUCAGUCCUGCUGCUCUUAAUCACACAGGAGUUUAUAUGUGCAGAGGAGAGAGAGGAGAACCAGCCUUACACACACAGUACAGCAAUCCACAGCCACUAUGGAUCACUGGUUCUAGAGCCAGUGGUGGAACAGUAGGAGUGGCUGUGGCUUUGGGAUUUUUAUUCAUCGCUUUACUGAUUUUAAUGAUCCUGCUGUGGUCCUACAAAAGAAAAAAAGAAAAUCAGACAUCAGAGCAGAAUCAGAUCCGGUCAGGAGCUGAAGACUCUCAGUCAGGACACACACCACUUCAGGCUGGAAGUGAAAAUGUUUAUGCCGCUGUGGAUCAGACAGAUACGAGUGGAACAGGUGAAGCUGCAGCUGAGAGCAGAGAAGCCAUUUACGCACAGGUCACGAAGAAAACGAAGACAAACAGGAACAAUGGUGCUGAUGCUGAACCCGAUGUUGAUGAUGUGACUUAUGCUGAGAUUGAACUUAAACCAAUGAAAAAAGCAAAGAGAAUGAAAGAAAAUGCCAGUGUGGGAGAUGAUAUUGUCUACUCAGAGCUGAAGCACAGCAUGGAGUGAGACAUGUGUCUGUGUACACUGAUGAAGCUACAGUUAUCACACAGACAGCUGGAAAACUGGCAUUUGUGUUUGUCUUCUGUUUUUCCUAAAAUGCUCAGAAAGUAGAAUCUGCUCAUCUACUUCCUGAACACAGGAACAUUGCUUAUUAUUAUUUUUUUUCUUUUACUGCUUUUCUAUUUCUACUUAUCCUGUUCAACGUGCACAAAUACAAUUAAUUUAAUAUACAUGUGGCUCAUUUGCGCAUUAAAAAUAAUAAUAAUAAUAAUAAUACAGUUAAUUUUUUUGAAUGUACUUUCAAAUGGAUACAUUUAAAAGUAAAAGAAAAAUAAAAUAUGUAUUUUAGGGUGCAAAACAUUCGUAUAAAAUUAUUUUAAACAUUUUUUUUCCAAUUUAAAGCAUUAUUUAAGGUGAAACACGACACUGUAAAAUACUUAUUUUUCUGUUCCUCAUAUACUAAUCCCAUUGAGCGUACAUUAAUAAUUAAUUUAAUACACAUGUGGCUCAUUAUAUUUAUUUUUCUUUUACUCAUAAAUUUACACGUCAUUGCUUUUGGUUGGUUUUUGGUUGGAUACAAACACUUGGUAUCUGGCACUGCAAAUACCAAAGAAGAAGAAACCUGAGUGAAGUGUGUAAGGCUUGUCACCAUUUUCUUACACAAAGUAAGUUAUUCUUGUUCACGUACAAAGCUUCACAGAGGAAAUAAUGAAUUAAGAUGAAAGUAAAGUUGGGUCGGAUGAAUAUGUAUAUUUUUGGUUUUGUAAAAUGCUGUCCUGGAGCAUUGCUGCCACACACACACACACACACACACACACACACACACACCUUUUUAAAUACAUGUUGCUUUAGAUUUUUUUUUCUCUUUAUAUCUUAUAUUUUUAUAAACAUUUUUAUAUUGUUUUUACAUUUACAUUUACACCUUUACAAAUGACCUGAUGCUUUGUAAGUCGUCUCACCGUGUUCAUAAAUGUCACCUGAAAUGACUUUGUUUGUGGUUUAAACAGUGUUUGUAUAAUAAAAGGUUUAAUGCAUGCAUGAGGUACGAGACAGAAAGGAUGCUUACCUUAGAGAACUCGUUUUGUAAUUCAGCAAUGUUUAGAUAAAAUAUAAAUAAAAAUUUACAAGUCUGAAUGAAAUGUGAGUUAUCCAUGCCACUAAAACAAAUAAAACUUUCCUUAUUACAUAUGCAUUUAUGUCUUUCCAUUCUUUGUGGU